GACUGAUAAUAAUUUAGAUAAAGCACCUACUGGACAACACGAAUCACAAUUCACUUUUUAGAAGUGGAGACGUGACACAGUCCAGACGAAUUCAGAGGUAUUCUGUCAGUUAUUUAUCAUUACCAGAAGACAAGAGUGUUGACUCAACAUGCCGAAAAAAAAGACUGGACAGAGAAAGAAAGCAGAAAAAAUGAGGUUACGACAAAAAGAGAUCCGAUCUGCAAAGGACAAUCUGGCUUUGGCCAAACAGCCAUGUAACGCGUCAAUGGAGUGUGAUAAAUGCAAAAAAAAACAAAAAAAUAGAGCCUUUUGUUAUUUCUGCCAAAAUUUACAACGUUUGCCUCAAUGCGCUAGUUGUGGUAAAAUAAAGUGCCUUAUGAAAUCCGGCGAUUGUGUUGUCAAACAUCCAGGAAUAUUUACUACUGGUAUGGGUUUAGUGGGUGCUAUAUGUGAUUUUUGUGAAGCGUGGGUUUGUCAUGGCCGAAAAUGCCUUACGACCCAUGCAUGUAUCUGCCCGUUACAAGAUGCCAUAUGUACAGAGUGUGAACGUGGAGUUUGGGAUCAUGGUGGUCGAAUAUUUAUGUGUUCGUAUUGUUCUGCCUAUCUAUGUGAGGACGAUCAAUUUGAACAUCAAGCAUCAUGCCAAGUCUUAGAAUCAGAAAAUUACAAAUGUCAAUCUUGCAACAAACUAGGACAGUACAGUUGUUUGCGAUGUAAGGUAUGUUAUUGCGAUGAGCACAUUAAGUGUAAACGUUUUAAGUAUUCAGAAAAAGAUCGCAAUUAUCCGUGUCCAAAGUGUUCUUAUCCUACAGCCGAAGUCAGCGACUUAUCAUUGUCGUCUCGUAAUCAUAAAUAUGGUCGUCAGGCAUAUGAAGAAGAUGAUGAUGAUGAAUCUUACUCUUAUGCUGGUGGUUCAGCGUCACACCAGGGUUAUAGUUACAACAAAGUCGAGUACAGUGAUGGGGAUGACGACGAUGAUGACGACUAUUCAUACGAUGAAGAUGAUGAUGAAGAUGAUGAUGACGAAGAUGACGAUGAAGACGGUGAUGAUGAAGAAAAUAAAGAAAAAGAUAAAAAAUAAAUUUAUGUUACGUAGGAUAAUUAUUGAUAUAAUAACUUUAUCUAUAUAGAAAUAAAUGUUUGUUCCAAAA